AUGGUCCGUGUCGCAGCGCUGAUCACUUUUCUGACUUGUGUGCUGCUGUCGGAGGCCCAACAUGAGCCGGGCUUCUGCUCUUUCUACGAGGAGUGUGGAAUGAACCCUUCGGCCGGAGGCACACUCAUCGACCCCAUCGUCCCAUGUCUGAACUACAGCCCUGCCCGAGCCCUCGCAGGAGAGCACUACAGGCAACUCAAAAAGGUUUGUCCCAUUUUGGACCGCGGGGAGGGCAACACGUUCGCCUGCUGCUCCAUCCAACAGCUGUCAUCCUUGUCAAAGAGUCUGGCCCUGUCCAAGGCGGUGCUGGUCCGCUGCCCGUCCUGCGCCGAGAACUUCGCCCACGUGCACUGCAUCAACACCUGCAGCCCCAACCAGAGCCAGACCGUCAAAGUCACCAAAGUCGCCAACAUCACGAACCCGCUGACCAACGUGACGAGGGAGGCCGUGGUAGCCUACCAGGCGUUCAUGACCACUUCCUUCGCCGACACCGCGUUCCAGUCCUGCAGGAACGUCCGGAUCCCCGCCACAGGCGGCUUCGCCAUCGCCACCAUGUGUGGCCGAUACGGCGCCAAGCUGUGCACGCCGCAGCACUGGUACGACUUCCAGGGCGACUCCAGCAACGGCCUGGCGCCGCUGGACAUCGACUUCCAGCUGGUGAAAGACGGAGACACUCAGGGACUGCCACCGGGAGUGAUUCCCUACAACGGGCGCGCUCUGAGGUGUAACGAAACCACGCCAUCUGGCGGCAAGGUGUGCUCAUGCCAGGACUGCCAGGAGUCGUGUCCGAAGAUGCCGCCUCCGCAGAUGCCACCUGGCCCGUUCAGAAUUUUAGGAAUGGACGGUUUCCUCUUUAUUUCCAUAAUCUUACUGAGCGUCCUGAUGUGUGCCUUCCUUCUCUACCUCGUCGUGUCAAAGGGGAAAGGCAAAGACCAGAACAGCAAUGAUGUGACUCAAAGGAUCAUCGACCCGUCCGAGGUGACCUGCGCCGAGAGGAACAGCCUGGCGGCUCAAGCUUUCCUGAGUUUAGAGUUUCGCCACUGGGGAACCCUCAUGGCCUCGUAUCCACUCACGGUUCUGCUGGUGUCGGCGGUAGUUGUAGCUGUUUUCUCCGCUGGCCUGAAGUCCAUCGAACUGACCACCGACCCGGUGGAUCUUUGGUCUGCGCCCAACAGCCGCGCUCGCCAGGAGAAAGACUUCCACGACUCACACUUCGGCCCAUUCUUCAGGACCAAUCAGGUGAUCCUGACGGCGCCGGGCAGAAAAGGCCACGUUUACGACUCUCUGUUGUUCGGAAAGCAGAACUUCAGCGGACUCGUAUCCAAAGAUCUCAUCAUCGAGCUGCUGGAGCUGCAGACACAAAUCCGGGACAUUAAGUUCUGGUCUGAGGAUCUGAAUAGAACAGCGAGUCUGAAGGAUGUGUGUUUCGCGCCGCUGAACCCGUCCAACCCCUCCGUGACGGACUGCGCAGUCAACAGCUUGCCGCAGUACUUCCAGAACAGCCUGUACAACAUCAACGACAAGAAGAACGUGACACAGCUGGGAGUGACUGCAGAGGUGGACUGGAGGGACCAUUUAAUCUACUGCCUCAACUCUCCGCUGUCCUUCAAAGACAUCACCGGUUUAGACAUGAGCUGCAUGGCUGAUUACGGAGCUCCCGUCUUCCCCUUUCUGGCUGUAGGAGGCUACGAGAAUGACGACUUCACCAAUGCCGAGGCUUUCAUCCUGACCUUUUCGCUCAACAACUUUGCUCGCACAAACCCAAAGUUCGAAGUGGCCAUGCAGUGGGAGACAGAGUUUCUUAAAAUUGUCCAGGACUACAAGAAGAACCCGGCCGCCAACUUCACCUUUGCGUACAUGGCAGAGAGAUCUCUGGAGGAUGAGAUUAAUCGGACAACAGCAGAAGACAUCCCCAUCUUCAUGAUCAGCUAUGCUGUCAUCUUUGUUUACAUCGCGGUGGCGCUUGGGGAGUACUCUUCCUGGAAACGCAUACUGGUGGACUCUAAGUUUCUGGUGGGUCUGGGCGGGAUCCUGGUGGUCGGCUGUUCGGUUCUGGCCUCCAUGGGUUUCUACUCCUGGAUCGGCAUCCCGUCCUCGCUGGUUAUUCUGCAGGUCGUGCCUUUCCUGGUGCUCGCCGUCGGAGCCGACAACAUCUUCAUCUUUGUUCUGGAGUACCAGAGAGACGUGCGGAGGCCCGGAGAGAAGAGAGAGGAGCACAUUGGUCGUGUACUUGGAAACGUAGCUCCCAGCAUGCUCCUGUGCAGUCUCUCUGAGUCCAUCUGCUUCUUUCUAGGCGCCCUUUCCACCAUGCCAGCAGUGCGUUCCUUUGCUCUGUACGCUGCUCUGGCUGUGCUCAUGGACUUCAUCCUCCAGAUGACGGCCUUCGUGGCGCUGCUGUCGCUGGACGCCCGUCGCCAAGACAACAACCGCUGUGAGCUGGCGUGCUGCGUCACCGUGUCGACCCCGCGGUCCAACGAACCAAACGAGGGCUUCCUGCUGCCCUUCAUGAGAAAAUACUACGCCCCUGUUCUGCUGCACGGUUACACCAGGAUCAUAGUGAUGGUGGUCUUCAUCUUUAUGCUGUGUGGAUCUGUGUUCCUGAUGUUUAACGUGACCGUGGGUCUGGAUCAGGAGCUGGCUAUGCCUCAGGGCUCCUACAUGUUGGACUAUUUCCACUAUCUCUACAAGUACUUUGAAGUGGGAGUUCCUGUUUAUUUUGUGACUAAAAGAGGCUUCAACUUCACCACCGUGGAAGGCAUGAACGCAGUCUGCUCCAGCACGGGCUGCGAUCAGUUCUCACUCACCCAGAAGAUCCAGUACGCCACCAACCACCCUGAACUAUCCUACUUGGCUAUUCCUGCUAACUCCUGGGUGGACGAUUUCAUCGACUGGCUGAACCCCGGAUCCAGAUGUUGUCGGCUCUACACCACCCCCGGUCCAAAUAACGGAAAGUUUUGUCCUGCGAGCGAACCUGACUUACGAUGUUUCCGAAAGUGUAUGCCGCUUCCUUCAGACGGCGUCCUCAGGCCAAGUACGGAAAAAUUCAACCGCUUCCUCCCUGACUUCCUGGGGAACAGGCCGGACCUGCAGUGCCCCAAAGGUGGUCUCGGCGCCUACGACACAGCUGUCGUGCGAGAUGAGAGCGGAGAAAUUAUAGCGUCUCGCUUCAUGGCGUACCACACGCCUCUCACCAACUCUCAGGAGUUCACGGCCGCGCUGCUGAAGGCCAGAGAGCUCGCGCACAACAUCACCAAGAGCAUGAGGAGUAUAUCCGGAACCUCGCCGGACUUCGAAGUCUUCCCUUACACGAUAACGAACGUGUUUUACGAACAGUACCUGACCAUCGUGCCGGAGGGCCUCUUCAACAUCUCCCUGUGUCUGUUGCCGACCUUCGUGGUGUGCUGCCUUCUGCUGGGUCUGGAUCUGCGGUCCGGUCUGCUCAACCUGCUCACCAUCAUCAUGAUCAUCGUGGACACCGUGGGCGUCAUGACGCUGUGGGGCAUCCACUACAACGCCGUGGCGCUCAUCAACCUGGUCACGGCCGUGGGGAUCUCGGUGGAGUUUGUGUCCCACAUGACGAGGUCCUUUGCACUCAGCACUAAACCCACUCACGUAGAGAGAGCCAAGGAGGCCACGGCCAACAUGGGCAGCGCGGUGUUUGCCGGCGUGGCGAUGACCAACCUGCCGGGCAUCCUGGUCCUGGCGUUCGCCAAAGCCCAGCUGAUCCAGAUCUUCUUCUUCCGGCUGAACCUGGUCAUCACGCUGCUGGGCCUGGCUCACGGUCUGGUCUUCCUCCCGGUGAUGCUCAGCUACUUCGGUCCCGGCGUGAACAAGGCGGUGCUGCUGCAGCAGCAACAGGACAAGGCCAAGGCCUCCAAAGACCUGCAGCUGAGGAACCAGAUCAGACAGGCGUACGAUAACCUGAGCUACGAAGACAACGCCAUCGGACGGGACGGCAGCGAGUCCAAGACGCCGCCCGACGGACGCCAGCACACGCCGCGCCGCGUUGCGGAGAAACCACACGGCGAGACGGAGGAGAAGAUCGACCGAUUCUGA